AAUCAAUUUUAUCUUUCCUACUGAGAAGAGCAAAGCAAACAAACAAAAUGAAAUAUUCCGUAGCUGUUGUAUUUGCCCUUUUGGGUUUAGCUGCUGCUGAUGUAUCUCAUUUGGGUGGUGCCUACAAUUAUCCCAAACAUGAUGAUAGUUAUCACUACAAUCAACCCGCCCCUCAAGAUGAAGGUUACCACUACAAUCCACCAGCACCUCAGCAGACAUAUUUGCCUCCCGCUCAACCACAACAAACCUACUUGCCUCCCGCUGAACCUCAACAAACCUACUUGCCUCCUGCUCAACCUCAACAAUCCUACUUGCCUCCUGCCCCUCAACCCCAACAAACCUACUUGCCUCCCGCUAAACCCCAACAAUCUUACUUGCCUCCUGCUCCUCAACCUCAACAAUCUUACUUGCCUCCUGCUCCUCAACCCCAACAAUCCUACUUGCCCCCUGCUCCUCAACCCCAACAAACCUACUUGCCCCCUGCUCCACAACCCCAACAAUCUUACUUGCCCCCUGCUCCUCAACCCCAACAAUCUUACUUGCCUCCUGCUGAAGAUGGUUACCGUUAUCGUGUUGUCAAGCGUUAUCGUCUCAGAUCUCAUUAAGAACUCCAACAGGCGGAAAGUCCUAACACUUUCCUCUAUUGUUUGAAUAUUUCAUUUUGUGUGAAUGUGAUUGAGUGUUCAGCUCAAAAUUGUUGUGAACGAAUUUGUUAAAAAUUAUUUAGGUUUAAAACUGUUUUCAUCCUUUUUUAUGCGAAUAAAUACAUCAUUUUAAAAAUUU